AUGGGACGAGGCUCAAGUGAUGAGGAUCUCUUAGCCGAUCGUCCAAAAGUGAAGGGGGUCGGAGCACCAGGUCCGACUAACGCAUCUAUGGCUAGAUCCACCUUGGAACCUGCUACCGUCCAGUGUCGUUCAUUUCUUUUUGCAUUCUACUACGCUAUCCCAGCUUGCUUGUCGAGCUGCACUGAUCGUAUACAAUAUUCCGUUCCAUCGUUUGUGUGGAUUCGGCAUUUGACGGCGCAUUUGCGCCACGUGGUUUCAUUUGGCAACACCACCCUUCUAUGCUACGAAUGGCCACCGGUUCUAAUAGUCGCUCUUCCACAGCGGAUCACUAAUCCUCAGAUACGAAGAAGCAGCGAAUUUUCAUCAACCACUACUGCAGCUGCGAAUGAUCUUGUUAGUGCACUGUUGGGAGGAGCUGAUAACACGCCUGCAUUCAAUGCGUCAGUGCACUACAAUCCAGAAUACAUGACUCGAGUCUAUGGACAACUAGGAUUGAACUAUGAUCUGGAUGCGGGGAAACCUUUCAUUUAUUGCGAAAAAUUCGACCCGAAAUCGUGUUCUUUUAACGAUCCACAAUGUCCAACGCUGGAGAAAUGCUAUGCGGAACCGGAAAAUCGGGCACAAAGGCUUGGAUGCAUGACUGUUUUCAAAUACGUUACAGAAAAGAAUGCGAGCGCUGAAGAGCGAAAAAUCGAAGUAACCCUAAAAGGAUGUUGGCAACAUGACAAAGAAGUGAUAGCGGAUUGCAAGGUUCAAGAUGAGUGUGUUGCUGUAAGCGGAAGACGUCAAUCCAGACCGAAUAUGGAGUUUUGUUGUUGCCGAACACAUAUGUGCAAUAAAAAGGUUUCUAUUCUAGUAAUGGACGAACCAAGAGAUGAAGUAAUUCCUGCCACAGCUAGCACCACAACCCUUGGUGAAGUCUCCCAAUGGAUGAACAAUAUCUGGUUCAUAAUGUUGUUCGGUUUGAUCGGUGUAUGCAUAGCUGGAGGGCUUAUCGUCUUUUCACUAGCCUACGUAAGAUGUUGGCAAAGCAAGGAUAAGAUUAAAACGCAGACGGUCACAACGGCACAACAAAGUGAAACUUACGCGCUUCUCAAUUGUGCAGCAACGAAACCAACGUUUGAGAUCACUGAUCUAAAGCACGUCGCAAGUGGCCGAUUUGGUGACGUCUUCAAUGGAAUAUACCGUAGUGGUGAUCAAGUCAAGGAAGUAGCGGUGAAAGUGUUAAAAGAUGAAGAGAGUUGGCUUUCUGAACAGACGAUCUACGUUGAUGUACUGCGACGAUCUGGUCAUCCGAAUAUAUUAAAGUAUAUUGAUGUGGAACGUCGAGCGAAUGAUUACUGGCUGAUCACUGAGUUCAUGAAAGAGGGAAAUCUUCAUGACUAUCUUAAGAAGAAUGUGCUGACACUGAAGCAAUGCCUCCGUAUCAUGUCCGGAAUUUUGGAGGGUUUAGCAUUCUUGCACGAAGCACAAGGCAACAAGUAUACUGUGGUGCAUAGAGAUGUUAAAUCGAAAAAUGUCCUGCUGCAGUCGAUGGAAUGUGCUGACGGGAAAGAGUUAGUGUUGACAGCUUGCAUAGCUGACUUCGGAUUGGCUGCUGUGUUCAGCAGUCCACAAAUUGACGAUCACGUUACUGGUCAGGUUGGAACGUUCCGCUACAUGUCUCCGGAAGUGCUAGAAGGCGCAACUGAAUUCACUGUACCAGCUUUCCAAAGAAUUGAUGUCUAUGCUAUGGCAUUGGUAAUGUGGGAGGUACUGUCUCGAACAGCUCUUAGUGAACACGAAAAUCCCAUGGAUAUACCACCGUAUAAGCAACCUUUCGAAGAGUACACAAAUCCCUAUCCAAGCUUAGGUGAAAUGCGAGACGUUGUGGUGAAUCGUAAACUACGGCCAGAAUUUCGGCCUGAGAUUUCAAAACAUCCGAUCGGGGGUGCGAUAGAAUACACGAUUCGUGAUAUGUGGCAUACGAUAGCGGAUGGACGAAUUACAGCGAGUCUUGCACGUGAACGAAUUAACGCAAUGAAUGGAUGCGAUUCACAAGGAUCGGAAGGGUAUCAUUCGAGUAGUGAUCAAAAUCGAAGAGUAUCCAUGGAAGCAACAGAUUAUGAGCAAGGAAUAUGCGUUCCGGCAGAAGGAAGCAUCAGCAGCAACUGUUUCAACACCGAAAUGGACGAGUUUCGACGAGAACGAUGA